AUGAUCGCUCGUUUAAGCCGCGCUGUGCCGGCAUUGGCGCCAAUGCCCAGCCUCUGGGAGGCCGUUGCUCUGUCGACAGCGACUGGAGUGGCGCCGCUGCAGCUGCCGCUUGAAAGCCAUGCGGGGGAUGCCGCAGAUGAAGUGGUGUAUUCGAUGCAGCAGGGGCUGUGGCCUUUUAAGAAUCGCCAAGAGAAAAAGCAGAGUGUAAGCCACUACUUCGUCGAUUUUCGGGAACUCAGCUGCCAGGGCAUUGUCGACAUGUUCAACAGGCUAGGACCGAAUGUUGCAGGGCAACAUCUUGGGGCUGCGUUUUCCAGGCUGAAAAAGAUGGAUGAACGACCUCCAAUGUCAAUGUUGGAUGAUCUCGCGCAAUUGACAAUGCAAGUGGGCACGACCAAGUUGAAUGCCAGGGACAGUGUUUCGAUACUGAGCUCGUGUUCCAGGAUGGGCUAUUUUAAUCUGGAUUUGUUCAACUUUUUGGGUGAGCAUAUUCUGAAACACCAAGAUUUUAUCAGUAUGAGGGAGGUGGGCGACCUAAUUUAUGGGCUGACCUUGCUCAGGAAGGACUGGGUAAAAGCCAGAAAACCCAACCGAGGGUCGCCCAAUAGGCCUCUGUUUUCAGAUGAAGAUGAAGCGAUGUUUCCCGCAGAGAAAGAUUUGGUGAAUUGUGCAAUCUCCAGAAUCGCAUACCGGAGGUUCAGUGCAAGCCACGACUCAAGUUCACUGACAAGCAUAGUUUGGGGAUUGGGGCAGCUGGGAUGUGGCAAUGAGAGAGUGUGCAUGGAGUUGGCCAAGACUGUUGGCAGUCGAAGAACAUUGCAGUACUUGAUGCCGAGGGACCUGGCAACCGCACUCCUUGGUUUUGCCCGUUUGCAAUACAGGGGGAAGGUGACUGACACCCUUGCGCAGGAAGCCCUUCAGUAUUUGUCCCGAUUCAAUGAGGUCGAGCUGGCAAACAUAGUGUACGCCCUGGGCCAAGUAAAGUACACAAACAAGCCUGUCCUGGACACAAUUGUUGGUGAGAUCACGCGCCCAGAGCGGCUGUUCAUGUGCACAUCGCAAGGGUUGGCUGCCAUCCUUCAUGGACUAGCAAACUGUCGUUUCAACAACUGGGACUUGACUGAAGCCUUGGGAAGGGAAAGCGUGAGGCCGGCACGGUUGACAACCUCCUCUCCACAAGACCUCACCAUGUACAUCUACUCCCUGGGCAAGAUGGAAUUCAGUGAUGGAGGCAUCCUACAGGCCCUGCUGAGCGAGAUUGUGAAGCCUGCAAGACUUUCUAGGUUCUCACCCCAUGGACUGGCUAACAUCCUUUAUGGCAUGGCCAAGAGUGGAUUCUAUCCGCCCAGUCUUGUGCAGCCCCUGGCAAGAGAGAUCUGCUGUUCGGACCGCCUGCAGGGUUUUUCGGAGCAGGGGCUGUCCAACAUCUUGUACUCGCUGGGACUCAUGCAAUUUCAGGACCUGGCGAUGUUGCACCAGAUUGUCACAGAGGUGGUGUGCCCCAAACGUCUGCAACAUUUGACAAACCAGGGCAUUUGCAACAUUCUGUAUGGGCUGUCCCAAACGGAUUUUCGAGACAAGGUGUUGUUGGCACCGCUGAUCAAGGAGGCAGUGAAUGAGCAGCGAGUGCCACACUACACAGAACAGGGUUUGCUCAAUCUCAUGUUUGCAUGUGGCAAUUUUGGGUCGCUGCAGCCUGUGGGAGAAUUGCUGAAGGAAAUUGAAAAGCGGGGCAAGAAGGUGAACACCAGAGGCAAAGUUGGGAUUCUCUUUUCUUUGGGCAAAUUAAACUACAGAGAUGAGGGCGUCGUCUCGAAGCUCCUCACCCAGCUGAUGUCCAUGGAAACCCUUCGAUCAAUGAGGGCCAAGCAAAUAUGCCAAGUGUUGCAUGCCAUGGCAAACCUUGAAUACCGAGACAUGGACGCAGUGGCUGUGUUUGCCAACGAAGCCAUCACUCCACACCGGCUGUCAGACUUUUUCGAAAGGAGUUUCACACUCGCAGUUCACAGUCUUGGCACUCUAGGGUACAGAGACAUGCGAAUGUGGGGACUGCUGGCCCAUGAAGGUGCAAGGAGGGCGUCCUUAUGGGAUCCCCAGGAGAUGGCAACGGCCCUUGUCGGGUAUGCGAGGGGCAGUGUCCGAUCGCUGCUUGUGUGGGAGGCAUCUACCAGGGCGAUGAAGGCAGAGGGCUGGCUGGAUAACUGCACAGUGAGUGAUGCUGCGAGGAUUGCUUGGGCCUUCGGAAAGGCUGGGUUUUAUGAGGAGACGGCCCUGCGCUCGCUGGUGCACAAGUUUGUCUGUACACACAAUUGGACGAAGGACACCCUGCACGAAGCCACAUCCAUGCUGUUCGCCUGUGGAGUGCACGACCACUGCUCGGAUAUUUUGAUCAGCUAUGUGCUUGGGAACCUGCUAAGGCAGGCCCCAGAGGCAACGAACCUGUCCGAGUUCUGUGACCCGCAGGCACUUGCAACGACGGUAUGGUACAUGGCAGUUGUGGGCCGCCUGCAUGCAAGGACGUUCUUGCAAUUGUGUGAGCGCGUGGUGCAGUUGGAGAAACGUGGCCACACACUGGCGAGUGAGGACUUGAAUCAACUCUUCCUGGGUCACCAGUGCGUGAGAUUGCAUGCUGUGGAGCAUGAAGGCAGCAGUUUGGAAGACCAGGACACUGCGUUGCAGAGUUCAGAGGUGUCUGCACUGCUGUUAAGAGCUGGAGAGGGCUACCUGCAGCACAUAUCCUCCCAGUCCGUCCCCUCUGAGCUGCAGAACGAAGUACUUCAGACAUUAAACAGGUUAGGCAUCAGCCAUGCACCAAACGUGCUGCUUAAGGAGGCAUACUUCGUCGCGGAUGCCGCAUUGUUGGAUGAAAGGACCGUAGUCGAGGCUGAUGGCUCUGUGCACUUCACCUGCAACAAGCCUGCCGGUCAAUACAGACUGCUGGGAAGCACAGUUCUGAGAAAUCGCCUCCUUGUGUUACAAGGUUGGAAGGUUGUUUCUGUUCCCUUCUUUGCCUGGGAGCAUUUGGACGAGCGUGGUCAGGAGGGUUUUCUGCUCAAGGCGUUGAGAGAUAAUCUGCCUGGCACAUGA